AUGGCGGAUUUCCAAAUGGCAACACAGGUUACCCGUGGAACAACAAUGGAGGGGUGCAAGGCAAUAACGGAGGCUUUCCCAAUAACAAUCAAUGGUGGAUUCUCAGGAACAGGACGUCCCUUCCCUGGCAGCAGUGGAGGAUUUUCGGGAAGCAACGGAGGAUUCCAAGGGGGCAACCAACUGGUUCCAGGAAACAAUGGUGGUUUCCCGGGAAGCACUGGCGGCAAUGGCGGUUUCCAAGGUGGAAAUGGUGGAUUUCAAGGCGGCAGUGGGGGAAGUUUUGGAAACAACGGCCGUUUUCCCAGCGGAGGGCAGCAAGGAUUCAAUGGAGGUUUCCCAGUGAAUCAGGGAGGAAACCAGGUCUCAAGUGGCGGUUUUCCCGGAAGUAAUGGCUUCCAAGGACCUACGUACCCAUCGAAUGGAAACUCAUUUUCUGGAUCUGGCAAUGGAUUUUCGCCUAAUACCGGCUUCCAGAAUGGACAGAACCCAAAGAGGCCUAUCUUUGGUCAAGCAAGCAACUUCCAGCAGGACAGCCGUUCUCGAUUCUGA